AUGGCGCAUUUUACCGCACCCAACCGGCUCUUUAUCAAAGUUUCCAACUCUCCGUGGUUCGAUGUCGUCACCAGGUUCCUGGGCGAAUUCUUCGGCACCGGUAUGCUGUUGUUUCUCGGCUGUUUGGGCUGUUUGGAUGGAUUUGACCACACAACCACCAACUUCAGCCGGGGCAUCACCUUCGGAUUCACCGUCAUGGUUGCGAUCGUCACGUUCGGUGUCGUUUCGGGAGCGCACAUCAACCCCUCCGUUUCGAUUGCCGCCUUCAUCUACGGUGAUCUUUCGGCGGUGAUGACACUGGUGUACUUUGUGGCCCAGUUCACGGGCGCCAUAUGCGGGUACGGAUUGCUGAAAGCGGUAGCACCAACCGAGUACUUCGACGACGCACUCGUCAGUGGUCACGGGAGUUGCGUUACGGCACCACACGCCAAUCUAUCCACCGGGGCGGCCUUGGCCAUAGAGUUUCUCGUCACCGCCAUUAUGAUCUGGGGUUGCUGCGGAGUUUGGGACCCACGAAACGCCAAGCAGCAGGAUUCGGUGCCGAUAAAGUUCGCCCUUAUGGUUGGCGCUAUCGCCGUUGCAGCCGGUCCGGCAACCGGCGGCAGCAUGAACCCGGCGAGAACGCUGGCACCCUGCUUGUGGAACAAUAGCUACCACAGAAUCUGGAUCUACUUUGUCGGUCCUCCGUUGGCUGGUAUAGUGAUGCCGAUCAUCUACAAGUACGUUUUCCGAAAAGAAGUCAAAGUCACGGACACAGUCGAACCUGAAGGCACCCGGGAGCAAGUGUGCGUUAGUGUCGUUCAAAAAUAG